CAUCAACUGGUCGCUAUAAAUUAUCAGGGAAUGAAAAGGUUUAUUUGAAAAAAAAGGAGAUGAGGAAUAAGGGCGGGGAGGAGUGAGACUGAGAGUGAAUUGGGAAGGAAAUUGAAGAGGAAGAAGAAGAGGAAGGAGCGGUUCGUAGAGGGGAAAUGGCGGUUGAUGAAGAGGCAGAGGAGAAGUACGUACCAAAAAAGAAUAAACAGCAGAAGGAUGAAGAGAAGAGGAGAAAGAACAUGCCUCCAGGGAGCUUAAUGAAGGCGAUCGUAAGGCCGGGUGGAGGAACAGUUAAGCCUAAAGAUGGAGAUCAGGUUUUAUUUCAUUGCACUACACGAACAUUAGAUGGAGUUAUUGUUGAAUCAACAAGAUAUGAACAUGGUGGGAAAGGUAAACCUAUGAAGCUGGUCCUAGGAAAGAGCAAAAUGAUACUUGGAUUUGCUGAAGGAAUUCCAACUAUGCUGAAGGGUGAAGUUGCUAUGUUGAAGAUGAAACCAGAGCUGCACUAUGGUGAGCCUGAUUGUCCAGUUGUAGUUGCUGUGGACUUCCCAAAACAUGAUGAACUUCAUUUUGAGAUUGAGCUGAUAGAUUUCUUUAAAGUAAAGGUUGUCACUGAGGACAUGGGAGUUGUUAAGCAGGUAUUAAAUGAAGGCCAGGGCUGGGAAUCACCAAGGGAACCUUAUGAAGUAAGAGCUUGGAUUACUGCAAGAACAGCCAACCGCGAUGUGCUUGUUGAACAUGUUCAAGGAGAACCACUUCAUUUUGCUUUUGGAAAAAAGGAGGUACCUAAAGGACUUGAGAUGGGGAUUGGAACAAUGACCAGGGGAGAAAAGGCAAUGAUAUAUGUUAAUGAACCUUAUUUAACUGAAUCCCCCUUCAUGGAUGUUGACAGCUUUCAGGAGGUUCAGUUUGAGGUAGAACUGGUCCAGAUCAUUCAGGUGCGAGACAUGCUGGGGGAUGGUCGUCUCAUAAAGCGUCGUGUUAAAGAUGGAAGAGGUGAAUUUCCUAUGGAUUGCCCUCUUCAUGAUAGCCUUCUGUGCAUCCAUUAUAAGGGGGUGCUUCUAGAUGAAGAAAGGACAGUGUUCUAUGACACAAGGAUUGACAAUGAUGGUCAUCCUUUGGAAUUUUGUUCAGGAGAGGGGCUUGUGCCAGAAGGACUUGAAAUGUCUGUUCGCCUAAUGCUGCCAGGAGAGGUAGCUCUUGUCACUUGCCCUCCGGAUUAUGCAUAUGAUAAAUUUAAGAGACCUGAGAAUGUGCCUGAAGGUGCUCAUGUUCAAUGGGAGAUCGAGCUCCUUGAUUUCAAGAAGCCAAAGGACUGGACAGGAUUAAAUUUCAGCAGCAUCAUGGAGGAAGCAGAAAAAAUAAAAAAUACUGGUAACAGGCUUUUCAAGGAGGGAAAAUUCGAACUAGCUAAGGCAAAAUAUGAGCAGGUUCUUCGUGAAUUUAACCAUGUUAAUCCGCAGGAUGAUGAGGAAGGGAAAAUUUAUUUGAAUUUUAGAAACUCAUUGCAUUUAAAUGUGGCUGCAUGCUACCAGAAGCUGGGUGAUUGCAGAAAAUCUAUAGAAACAUGCAAUAAGGUUUUGGACUCAAGUCCUGCCCAUGUUAAAGCUUUGUAUCGCCGUGGCAUUGCCUAUAUGUCAGCUGGAGAUUUUGAUGAAGCAAGAAGUGACUUUGAAAUGAUGAUAAAGGUUGAUAAAUCUUCAGAGCCUGAUGCCACAUCCGCUCUUUCAAAAUUGAGACAAAAGGAAAAGGAGGUUGAAAAUAUGGCAAAGAAACAGUUUAAGGGGCUUUUUGACAAAAAACCGGGAGAAAUUGCUGAAGUUGGAAGUGAUCCAAUUGGAGACGACAGCAUUUUGGAGACUACAAACGGUGAAGCUGCAGAUAUGCAGUCUGAAACGGAUGAAGCAGGUUCAGAUAGGGAAGCUGCUCCAGAAGGACUCUUUGCAAGAUAUUGGUAUGUCGGAAGGAGAAUUGCAACUUCUCUAGGGCUUGGUAGGUGUUCAAUUCUGUAAACCAGUGUUGUUAGCCUCGGUUUUAAUACCGUUUUGGUCUGCUGGCCCUUAUGGCGUUAGCCGACAUGCAUGGGCCUGCGUCGGGCUAUUUUCAUUUUACUUAUUUAGAAAAUAGUUAAUAAAUAAUUUAAAAUAUUCAAUAAAUAAAAAAAUUGUUGUGUAAGAUGCA